GGUACCUGGGGCCAGGGCCGCCUCGCUCCGGCCUAGCCCCGCGGGCUCUCAGUGCGGCCCUGGGGCAUGCUCGGGACCCCCCGAGGCUCCAGCACAGACGCCCGGGCCUCAGGUCUCUGCCCCCGCACGGGGCCGGGGCCGAACGGCCCGGAGGGAGCGGCCGGAUGGAGCGGAGGAUGAAAGGCGGAUACUUGGACCAGCAAGUGCCCUACACCUUCUGCAGCAAAUCGCCCGGAAAUGGGAGCUUGCGCGAAGCCCUGAUGGUCCCGCAGGGGAAGCUCAUGGACCCGGGCUCCCUGCCGCCCUCCGACUCUGAAGAUCUCUUCCAGGAUCUAAGUCACUUCCAGGAGACAUGGCUCGCUGAAGCUCAGGUACCUGACAGUGAUGAGCAGUUUGUUCCUGAUUUCCAUUCAGAAAACUUAGCUUUCCACAGCCCCACCACCAGGAUCAAGAAGGAGCCUCAGAGUCCCCGCGCAGACCCGGCCCUGUCCUGCAGCAGGAAGCCGCCCCUCCCCCACCACCAUGGCGAGCAGUGCCUUUAUUCCAGUGCCUAUGACCCCCCUAGACAAAUCACCAUCAAGUCCCCCGCCCCUGGUGCCCCUGGACAGUCGCCCCUGCAGCCCUUUCCCCGGGCAGAACAACGGAGUUUCCUGAGAUCCUCUGGCACCUCCCAGCCCCACCCUGGCCAUGCGUACCUCGGGGAGCAUAGUUCCGUCUUCCAGCAGCCCCUGGAGGUCUGCCAUUCCUUCACACCCUCUCAGGGAGGGGGCCGGGAACCCCUCCCAGCCCCCUACCAACACCAGCUGUCGGAGCCCUGCCCACCCUACCCCCAACAGAGCUUCAAGCAGGAAUACCUUGACCCCCUGUACGAACAGGCCAGCCAGCCGGCAUUGGGCCAGGGUGGAGUCAAUGGGCACAGGUACCCAGGGGCGGGGGUGGUGAUCAAACAGGAGCAGACGGACUUCUCCUAUGACUCAGAUGUCCCUGGGUAUGCCUCAAUGUACCUUCACACAGAGGGUUUCUCCGGGCCCUCUUCAGGUGACGGGACCAUGGGCUAUGGCUAUGAGAAACCUCUGCGUCCAUUCCCAGAUGAUGUCUGCGUCGUCCCUGAGAAAUUUGAAGGAGACAUCAAGCAGGAAGGGGUGGGAGCCUUCCGAGAGGGACCGCCCUACCAGCGCCGGGGUGCCUUGCAGCUGUGGCAGUUUCUGGUAGCCCUGCUGGAUGACCCGACGAAUGCCCACUUUAUUGCCUGGACUGGCCGGGGGAUGGAGUUCAAACUAAUUGAGCCUGAGGAGGUCGCCAGGCUCUGGGGCAUCCAGAAGAACCGGCCAGCCAUGAAUUACGACAAACUGAGCCGCUCACUCCGGUACUACUACGAGAAAGGCAUCAUGCAGAAGGUGGCUGGCGAGCGUUACGUGUACAAGUUUGUGUGCGAGCCCGAGGCCCUCUUCUCUCUGGCCUUCCCGGACAAUCAGCGUCCAGCUCUCAAGGCUGAGUUUGACCGGCCAGUCAGUGAGGAGGACACAGUCCCUUUGUCCCACUUGGAUGAGAGCCCUGCCUACCUCCCAGAGCUGGCUGGCCCCACCCAGCCCUUUGGCCCCAAGGGUGGCUACUCUUACUAGCCCCUGGCAGUUGCUCCCCUGCCAAUGGCGGGUGCUGCCCUGUGUACAUAGAGAUGAAUUUGGUGUUGGGGAAACGCCCACUCUGAAACCCACAGAUGUCUUUGGAGCAGGUCCCCUCUAGCCCAUCAGUCACCCUGGCCCAGACUCUGAGCUGCUCCCUAGGGUUGAUGGGAAGGGAAAGUGGAGACACUGAGUACAAAGGUGGAGUCUCAGAAACUCCUCCAGGGGCUUCACCUCUGGCCUCUUCCCAGGUCCUGCUUAAAGGCUCAUCCCAUUCCCCAUCACAGAGAACAAGAGUUUACUCUGUUCUGGGGGUCAGAGAAGGAGCUUCCCUACUUCAUCCUGGUGGAGAGGCGGGAAUUGAGCUCCCCAGAUCUCCCGCGGUGGGAAGAGAGCAGACUGGAUCCUGCACUCUGCUCCAAGCUGUGGCCCUGGAGGGUCCUGCUUGUCAGUUCUUGGUGCUCUGCGUUCCCAGAGGCAGGAGGAGGCUGGAGUGAGGAACCUGGGGUGGGGGAGGGGUUGCUGGGUGGAGGCAGGGAGAGCUGGGCUCUGUUCUGGGGGCCCUCUGUCUCUCCUCUGCCUUUUCCUAGGCCCAGGCCUGGAAUUUCACCUCCACCGCCACUACAUCUGCUGGACCCUAAUA